UCAACAUGGAGGACUAUGAGAGUGUUUUGUGUGUUAAGAAUGAAUGUUUUAUUUACAAGAUUCCUCCGAGAACAAGCAACCGAGGAUACAGAGCUGCAGACUGGAAACUUGAUCAGCCAGAUUGGACUGGAAGGUUAAGGGUCUGUGCCAAGGGAAAGGAGUGUUACAUCAAGAUUGAGGACAAGACAAGUGGGGAACUCUUUGCUAAGUGUCCUGUAGAUGAUUACCCAGGGAUUGCAGUGGAAGGUGUUCUAGAUAGCAGUCGUUACUUUGUCUUAAAGAUUGUGGAUGAUAGUGGUCGCCAUGCUUUUAUUGGAAUGGGUUUCACGGACAGAGGAGAUAGCUUCGAUUUUAAUGUAGCACUGCAAGAUCACUUUAAAUGGUUAAAACAGAGUGAAAAACUUGCUGCAGAAGCAGAACAACCUGAUCUUACUCCAAAAUUAGACUUGGGCUUUAAAGAAGGUCAAACAAUUCAUAUCAACCUUGGGAAUCGUGCACCUGGUGCAAGUGCGACAAGUCGGCCCAAGCCAGCAGGAGGUGGUUUAGGUGUGAUCCCCCCUCCCCCAGGGGGUCUAGCUCCAAAGCUAGCACCACCCCCAGGGGCAGGGGCAUCACCUGCAUCUGGGAGGAGGCCAAGUCCUAAUUUCCAACAACAGUCUCACUUCUCUGACUUGGGAAAUUUUGGUUCCACAUCAACAGUUCCACAACAAAGUCAACAACAGAGUACAACAUCUGAUUGGGGAGAUUUUACUUCUGCAUCAGGGAGUUCUGAUUCUAGCUGGGUACAGUUCUAGAGAUAGAUCUCAUAUUAAUUGUCAAAGAGGAAAGUAUUUUAAUGAGGCAUUUUGCAUUGUUCAACCUGUGUGCUCUCAAAUUUACAAGAAUGUAACAUAAUGUAAUGAUUGCAGAAGGUAAAUUUUAGAAUUAGUAACAGUAUUGUCAUCAAUGUGUUUGUAAAGAAGUGAAAUUUUAGACAAGGUAUUAUAGAGUUAAGUGUACAAGUAAAACGUUUACCAAACAUUGUCACAUAAUCUUGCCAGUGAUCAAGAAGUGGUUGUGGAGGAUUAUUGUUUACCAAGAAAUUCAAUCUUAUCAAGGGUUUGUGAUCCUACCACCUUUUUUGUUACUGGUAAGGUCAUGUAAUCAUGUUCUUCAAAGUAAAAUGGUUAGUGAGAGGGGCUUUUCAACCAAGAGUCCUUGAACUUAUUACAUUAGCCAAUCAAAACAAUGGAAAAUAUCACAAAAAGCCAAUGAAAACUGAGUGUUGAACUUAUUACAUUGGAAAAUAUCACAAAAAGCCAAUUAAAACUGAAAGGAGGUAGCUUGCUCAAGCGCGGAAAAACAAGGACGACCAGAUCGCAAUUGGUGUUGAGUUUGUUUCUGAUUUGGCGAGAAGGUGGACUAAAAUUUUUACAAUAGUCGCAGAGUGCAGAAAGAGGAAACCAAUGUAUUACAAGAAUGCUUUUGACACUCAGUUGGAAAUUACUUUAUAUAGACCAAAUGUUUCUUCGUCUUAUGGGGCCUAAUGACCCGAAGGACAAAGUGGUGUAAGGUAAAGCGGUGAUAUCUUUAUGUAAAAAAGUAAAAUAGCAGUUAAUCGUAACGCGAAAAGGAAAACAAUCUUAUAUUGGUUUCGCUUGAAUAUUUCCUUCUUGUUUUCCGAGUCAUUGUUAAACAUUAAGUAUAGUUAACAUUAACAAACCGUGUAGCAGGGUAGGGGAGGGGGGGGAAUCGUAGUCAGCAAAAUGUAACAGAACCGUCUCCAAAAUGCAACUAUACCCCCCUCAAGUUGAAGGUAGUGUUACCCGCACUUAAAACAAUCAAAACAUCAUUAAGGUAACUUUUUUCAAAUUAGGUGACAAAAAGAAGUUUCUCAUUAGACUAUCAAAACACUUUCAAACAGAAAUGAGAGGAGACGGUAUUGUUUGAUUAACACCAAAUUCUCAUACUUAAAAGUACAAGAGAUGUAUGGUGGACAGUGUGGAGAACUGAUUACUAGAUCAUGGGAGUAAAAUAGUUAAGCAAAACAGAAUCGUUGCUUUAAUGAAAUUUAUUUUUACCCAGUAUAUUUUACAAUUUCUGAGGCUCUCCGUGAAAAUUCAAGUAAAACCUGUCAUUUUCCCUUUCGUACCAAAUUCGCCAUAAGACAGGUUUUGGAAGUAAUUACUGGUGAUCGUACUACGUAGUUUUUCGCUCUCGUAUACUUUCGUGAUCAUGUUCAGAUGGUAUACAUUCUUUGAAAUGAAAUGUUCUUUCAAUUGCGCGGUCACCUAGUUUUUGAAUAGCUGAUUUCAAAGUCAUGUAACUUAUUUCAUGGUAUAUAUUGUUAUUGUCGUCUUCCUUAUGUAUGUAUGGCCAUCCUCUCGAGUUGUUCUCAAGAAAAAUAGUCAGUCGAUGUUGUUUAUAGAACCUCAGACACUUAAAUUAGAACAUGGCUAUAUUUAGGAUGUAAAGAAAGGAAGACUCUUCCUAUACAAAGCCAAUUAGCAUAGUCCGACUCAAAUUUUCCAAUUCGAUGUCCGAUUCGUGAACACAGACCAGAGCUGUUCAAAUCAACUUUAAUUUUUAUAAGCACGAUUCGAAAAGAUUACAAGACUGAAUGUUUUGCUAACCUAAUUCAUGCUACGCAAGCAAUAUUGUCGGCACUAAAACAUAGGGGUAUGGGGGCCGAGGCCCCCAAAUUUUCGAUUGGAAGGACUGUAGCCUCCUGCCCUCCUGUUCCGCUGACCAUGUUAUUGUAUCGUAGGAUGUAAGGCAAGAAAGGGUCUUUUCGUACGUAGUUCUAAAAAUUAUGUAAUUUCAACGUAUGAUAUAGCGUGCAAAAAAUCAGUUCAAACAGUAAUACCUAAUUAAUUUAAUAUAAAGUAAAUUACCAAUUAAAUACUAUUUCGUGGUUUUAAGUUCUUUUAA